AUGGUGGCUCGCAUACUCCAGUCUGAUAAUGCUAUGCGGCUAUCGCCCAAUCAUACAGCGUUGAGUGACUCGAAUGCAGAACUGAUUGCUGCACUGAAGCAGAGUCUAGCGACCAAUGACUCUGCGACUGAUGACGCCCUGCUUUCCGAAGACCGCGACGAGUAUGAGAUUACACUGAAGCUCUUUUUCACACCGGAUACAACUGCAGAAAGUAGAUCAGAGGAUGUCGCACGGUGUGUUGAUGCGACCAUUGAACAGCUCAAAGUAAAGUCGGUUGACUUGCUCAUACUGGCGUUUCCUGGCAUUGUUCUCGAUGCUGAAGACGAGGAAGACGCGUUUGACGAGGCAAGCUUGAAGGAUAUUGCAAAAGUAUACCAAGCAGCUCAAGAUCUCGUUGCACAAGGCAAAGCGAAAGGCCUCGGCGUGUCGGAAUUCAGCGCCGCACGGCUAAAGCAGCUUUACGACACAGCGGCCGAAUACAAUGAUGCAGGGCUGCCCACCGUCAAUCAGAUCAAUCUCAAAGACUGCUGUGUGAUGCCUGCAGAUUUGAUUGCACUUGCAAAAGACCGAAACAUUAAGCUCUUUACGCAUGGCGACCUCAAAGAGAUGCUGCCACAAGCGCAACUAGACGAUUUGAUGGUUGGCACUGAUGCCCAAACACGCUUUACCGCAAAAUGGGUCAGCAAAGUGACUUGUGUCGUCAAAAGUAGAGGGGUCGUCGAAUUCAAAGGCUAUGCAGCCAUGAUUGAAAGCUAG